AUGAGCAAUGGGGGUUCUCCCGAUCGGAACAGUCUGCACACCGUUGGUAGAAAUGUGGUGCUGCGGGUUCGACGCGUAGGAAAAGGAAAACAGUCCGUGUCGGCGGAUGAACACAGCUCUGCAGGACACGAAGAAUCUGAACAGCCCUCUGAAGUCUCAGAAUUCUUGCCUAAUAGUCUUUUGCUGAUUUUAGGACAAACGAACAGCAGUUUAAGCGCGGGCGGUGCGUUUCAACCUAUCCGCGAGAUGCAGCGGACGUUGUCCGCUCACGCUGACGUGGACUUACAAGUGAGCAUUACUGACGACGAGGCGGCCCCGACGCACAAGUCCCUGAAGCUGUUUCCGCUACGCCAGUACGCAACCGAUAUACGAUGUGAGGGACAGCCGGAAUCAGUUGAGCCUGCGCAGGUAACCGGUGUACAGUGGACAAGGUCAGAGCGAGCUCGGAUGAAACGUUCGCCGUCGGGUUGUGCGUCCUCAACAGAGACUGGUGCUCCCGCGAGCAAGCCUCUGGAAGUCGAGGCAGAGCGAUCCCUGGAGCAUACUGUGGAUGCAAUCGGCGCUACGAGAAGCUGGAAUUGGCAGGAGCAGCGCUUUUACCGACUGCGAAAUCCGCGGCUCCUCCUCGAUCUUGUGGGUCAACCGCUGUUUGUGGAUAUUCAGUUGCCGCCCAGUGGUGCGAGCUAUGGUCAGGUGCGCAGGCGUGUCCAGUUUGCGGAUGAUGAUUAUGACUAUUAUGUCUCAUGCGAUUUGCUUUCUUCUGUGCAGACGGACUCUGCGGAUCUGGAUCAUUCAGAUGCCUCGGACUCGGAAAUCGUCAUCAUGGUAGACGAGCCUGUUUCGACCGCAAAUGCAGGUCAAUCAGCGUCGUACGGGCAUUCCCAUGAGCAGUCGAGCGUUGAAACCCAGACCCAUCGGAGCGCUUCGGUAGCGCCGUGGUCUUUGCUCCGCUCCAGGAUUCGGCGGGCGUCUUCGGAAUGCGGCGAAACAGUUGUUACUCAGGAUGCGGAUGCGGAUAAAUGCGAGACAUCGACACAAACUUCGGAAGGCUCUAACACGGACUGGUGGGAAGAUUUCGAAUACAGGGGCGAGCCGUACCAGGCAGAUGAUCUUCAGCCUGUUAACGGGAUAUCGAGGGACGCUGCGUACGCACCAGGGCAAGGUCUCGCGACAUCGACCUCCACGAGCCCGUCUAUAAUUGCCGCUGCUGUGACGCACUCACUGCGGGCAUGGGCUGCAUAUGGCUCUGACUGCCACGAUUCCGAAGAGCACUCGCCGUGUAGCUCGCCCGCGUGGUCGCCCGACAUUGAUAACUAA